CAGCUGAUAGGAAAUUUAAAGCAUUCAGACAUUGAAAUGAGAAUUGAUUUUGGGUUAUGCCCUGGAUUGUAGAUAUUUGGACUUUCAAAUGUAAUUUAAAUAACUCCAAAAAAUCAAAAUUUAAAUUUAACUCUAAUAAUAUUAAUAAUGAAAAAUUUAUACCAAAAGAUUCCAAAACGAAUUCCUCUAAGUUCCAUCAAAAAUUUGGAACAUUUAAAACUAUAUUUAGUUAUAGUAAUGAAAAACCUAAAAAUAAAUUGAUAUCAAAUCUCAAUAAAUUUGGCAGCCAUAAUUCUAAAAAAUUAGAUAUUGAAUUUUUGGAAUGUUCUGUUAAGCCUAGUAUUAAGUUAGAAGAAUUAAAGUCUGUUAUUGAAGCAAAGAAAUUACAUUCCAUCAGCAUGCCACCAUACACACGGUCAUUGACCAGUUCAAUGAUUCAUAACAUAACAGAUGUUAUAGAAGAAAAAAAUAUAGAUCCAUAUUCAAUAUAUGAAUUGAAACAUAAAUCUAAUUCUAACAAAAUAAAUGGUCAUGAAUUAUUAAAUAAUAUUGUUCCUGAAUCUAAAAUGGGCCUUUUGCCAGCCUAUAUAAUUGAUUCCAAAAAAUUAACAACCAUAAAUUAUAAGAAUAUUAUAAAUUCUAAUCAAUAUAUCCCAUAUUUUAAUUCUGAUAACAAUUAUAAUUCUAAUACCCUUAAAUGCAAUUAUAAUUCCAAAAACAAAAUGCAAAGAAUUCAACAUACUUAUGACAUUCCAUUUGAUGAACCGGGUACACCAAACAACUUCAAAAAGGAUAUAAAUUAUAAAGUAUCAUCCGAAAAUAAUUAUGACUUACCUUGGGAAUCAUUGACCUAUACCUUAACAACAUUAUCUUCCAGUUCUGACUACUUACCAAAUUUAAACAAAAUAAGACAUGACAAUAAGAACAGCAUCAAAUCUGAUUAUAGUGAUAAAAAUUAUCCUUCUUCCAUCUACAAUUGUUAUAGUAACAUAAACAAUGGGAAGGAUAAAAGACCCUCAAACGAGUAUAAUGCUCCAUGGAAUAACUUGUAUUUACCACUGAACAAUGAUUAUGAGAGAAUUAAUGAAAAUUUUUACCAAAAUUCUUAUACUCUUCCAAGACCUCGCCUCAACCUCCUAAAUACUUCCAAACGUAAUUGUCCGCAGCAAACCAAACAACACCAGCACCGACUUUACAAUAACACUUCCAUAAAUUUGACCAAUAGAAUUAGUCCUACCCCAACAAAUGAAAACCCUGAAAAAAAGAACAAAAUAUGUUCUCCCAAAGAUCAAUCUCCCAGUGAUAUUGAUUCAGCCUUGGACAAUGACGAAAAGGAAGACUCGCAGACUGAUGUGCGGCAUUCCGUUUCAUCCAAGAUAAAGCUCUUCGAAAAUCGAAGCACCGCUGAGCUCCUUGGCACCGAAAAUUUAAUGACCCGUUCUUUAAUUCUACCCCAUCGAGAAACCGCAAAAAUUGCGCGGAUAUUAAGAAAAAGUUAAGAUAAAGUGUUCAAACUUCGAAUAUAAUACUCUGCCACCCUGGGAAUUACAAAAAAAGGAGGAAAAAUAGUGAUUAAAAAGGAUGAUAUUUCCUCAUUAUUUAUUUAAAAAAAUAUAUAUUAAAAAUUUAGCCUUGUUUUUUUUACAGUUGGCAUUUUUUUCUAAAUUUUUUUAAUAUUAUUUUUUUUGAAAACCAAACAUACGUAAUUACAAUAUAAAUUAUAUUUUCAAAUCGCAAAUUGAUACAAUAAUUAAUCGGAUAUUCGUUUUUUAAUAUUUACAUAACAAUAUUUCAUUUUAUAUUUGGAAUGGAAGAACCAAUGACGUAUAAUACUUACCCUAUAGAUUGGUAAAAAUUCAUUUUGAAGACUUCCUUGAAUACAAAUCAGCUGGUGACACAUCAUCAUGGCUUCUUUUAUUAAAAACGUAACAAGGUUUUCGUAAAAUUUUAAUGUAAAUUAUUUUUAUGGGAAAUUAAAAUGACGUGUCACCGCUGAUAUGAAUUGUCAUAGAUAUUAUUUAUUUUCUAUUAAAUGGAAUUAUAUAAUUACUUUAUAUUUAUUUUACUUAUACAAAAAAUUUUUAUAAUUAUAGUAUUUAUAUAUAUUUUUUUUUUUGCCU